AUGCCGAGGGUGGUCGCAAAGAAGGAGGCCGUCAGCAAGGACGAGCGGUUGAAGCGUAAAAAUCCGCACCCGGUGCGUAACUUUUUUCAGCGUCUCAAUGAAACACAGCAAAAGUGCGGCUUCUGUGGCUGGGUGACGCGCGAAAAUGCCACCCGAAUGGAGCGGCACAUCGCGUACAGUUGCCCGUCGGCCCACGAAAUGGUGCGCGGGAUGAUGCUGAACAUGAAGGAGCAAGCGAUCGAGCGGGAACGCAACUCGUCGCUGACCGAACACAACAAGAAGGACGUUCACUGUUAUUUUGCGACCGUCGAGAACGACCGGAAGCGUCAGUGCAUAUUCUGCGAGUGGCGAACGACGCCGAAUCUGACCAGGAUGCGCAAACACAUCGCCAUCGUUUGCACGCUGGUGCCGGUCGAGAUUCGAGCCCUGUUCCUCAAGGGCGAUGGCGAGGGAGAGGGUGAGGGUGAGGACGACGAGGAUUACGAUUCGUCAACCUACCGCAUCGUAGAUGUGCUGGAAGAUGGCGAGCGGAAAGAUUUCGAAAUCGUCAGCAGCGCCCAGCUGCAGGACUACGAGGCAAUCGAGCUGGGGAGUGAAGUGCAGCUUGCGUCCGACCCGGCGGACGACGGUAACGAGUACUACCAGCUGGAUGUUGACUACCGCGAGCACGCGGAAGAAACCACUCAGCUGGAUGAGGCGAUUCAGGCCAAGGAGAAGACCUCGCGGAAACCGAAAAUUGAACGUAACGAACUGGACGACGUGAACGAAGAUGAAGACGAGGACCAUACUCGUGGUGACGGUGAUGAUGGCAUGGGAAGCGAUGAGAAUAAUCUAGAGUAUCUGGAGCCACAAGAACAAUCCUGUUCCGGUUGCCACCAGACACUGAAUAUCAGGGAUGUUGCUGUGCUGACGCGUUCCGGGAAGGUAUACUGCUCGUCCGCCUGCAGUCUUCAGAAGCGUGGAGGCGACCGGGCCGCUGAUAAAUCCGAACCGGAUCCGAAAAGGCCCGUCAAAGCGGUGAGCUCCACUCCACUG